CGAAACAUUCAAGGAAUUUUAGGAGAAGCAGAAGAGAGAUGUGAAGGCCGGGGAGGGGGGGGCGGAUGUAAAAUUCAAAGGCUUUGUUUUUCCCCCAAAACCUUUUUUUCCCCCUGAAAUGAUUGGGGGGUUGCUGUUAUGUGCCUUCAAGUCCAUUACGACUUAUGGCGACCCUAUGAAUCAGCAACCUCCAAUAGCAUCUGUCAUGAACCCCUUUGUUUAGAUCUUGUAAGUUCAGCUCUGUGGUUUCCUUUAUGGAAUCAAUCCAUCUCUUGUUAGGCCUUCCACUUUUUCUACUCCCUUCUGUUUUGCCCAGCAUUAUAGUCUUUUCUAGUGAAUCAUGUCUUCUCAUGAUGUGUCCAAAGUAUGAUAACCUCAGUCUCAUCAUUUUAGCUUUUAGUGACAGUUCUAGUUUAAUUUGUUCUAACACCCAGUUAUUGGUCUUUUUUGCAGUCCAUGGUAUGUGCAAAGCUCUCCUCCAACACCAUAUUUCAAGUGAUUUUUCUCUUAUCCGUUUUUUUCACUGUCCAACUUUCACAUCCAUACGCAGAGAUCAGGAAUACGAUGGUCUGAAUGAUCUUGACUUCAGUGUUCAGUGAUACAUCUUUACGUUUGAGGACCUUUUCUAGUUCUCUCAUAGCUGCACUCCCCAGUCCUAGCCUUCUUCUGAUUUCUUGACCAUUGUCUCAAAAAACCAAAAAUUCUCAAUUUUUCCCAGGGGUUUUCCUAGGCCUUCACAUCUCCAAUGCAGAAACAUUUUGAUUUCUUGGGAUCAGGGUAGGGAACUCAAUUCAUCAGUGGCAACUGAGUUUUACUUAAGUGUGAGGUAAAUUUGGAGAACAGGUCAAAUGAAACCUGUCACAAAUUUUGAGAGAAAUAAUAAUAAUAAUAAUAAUAAUAAUAGUGGUAGUGGUAGUGGUAGUGGUAGUUGUCGUCAUAUAUUCAGCAGGCAUCCUCACUUUUGACUUUCAGGCAUCUCUUGAAGACUUUUUGGUACUGACAGGCCUAUGCAGCAGUUUGAAAUGUCUCUUGAGUAGCCAGUCAUUUAAAUGACUGUUUUGCAUUGUUUUUACAUGCUUUUAUGUUGCCAUACACUGCCCUGAUGUUUUGCAAGAGGGUGGUAUAUGAAUACUUGUAUACACAAAGAAAAUAAGCAAACAUGCAAUGAUCACUUCCCCAUAUUUGAAAAGAUAAAGUCCUGCUGUUACUCAGUGCUGUCUUCAUCUUUAGGAAGGGGAGAGGAACAUUAGUAAAGGCAUUUAAAUAGUUGUAUCACAUUUCUAAGGGGUGCAUCCAAUGUUAGUCCUACAUGAUGAACUUAGGUCCAUUAAUUUCAGUGGAUCUACUCUGAGUAGGACUUAGCUGGAGACAACCCCCAAAACUUCUAUUUUUAUUCUGGGAGGUGAUGGACUUUGAGGGAAGCCCAAGAGGGACGUGGGCCUAUCAUGGCUCCCUCGUGGCUCAACUGGAGCUACCCAGCUAUGGGUAAUGAAGAUUGAUGUGCCAGUCCCUUCACCUUCUCAAGUGCAUUGACAAACACACUCUCAUUCCUUCUCAUAAUCCCGAAGAACAGUAACACUGCAGGCAAUUGCAAGCCCCAGAAUACCUUGGAUGAAGCCCAUUAGAUUCUCAUCUUUGCAAGAUAUGUGGGGCACCACAGGAGCAGCAUUGCACACUGGGAAGAGUAGUCUUAGAGGACAAGCCAAUUUAGAAGGCUAAGCAAUACUGUCAAGGUGCUUCAUAGUCGUUACAGUUUUUACUUCAUCAGGUAGAAAACCUUCAAUUUCUACUUUCUUUUCUUUCGGUCUGAAGAGGCAAAGGCAGAGUGUUUGAUGAAAACAAGUUUAUCCUUGAUACUUCAUAUAUUUCCUAAGCAAUGGUACAGAUCUGACCACUAAAUCGGGUUCAGUUACAAUCAAAGACAGCAAGUGGUAUCUAGCUAAGUCAUACUCAGAGCAGACCCACUGAAAUUAAUUGACUUAAAUCAGUUGUAUCCAACAUUAGUCAUACUUGGAGUAAAUCCAUUGUUAUUUUCCACAUUAGUCCUUUCAGUAGACCUAUUGAAAUUAAUGAACAGGACUAACUUAGAUCCAUUAAUUUCAGUAGGUCUACUCAGAGUCGGAUGUAUAGUAGUUGGCUACAACCCACUGAAAUUAAUGGACAUGACUAAUUUAGGUCCAUUGAUUUCAAUGAGUCUAGUCUCAGUAGAACUCAAAGAGUAUAAAGAGCCCUGCUGGAUCUGACCAAAGGCUCAUGUAAUCCAGCAUUCCUGUUCUCACAGUGGCCAACCAGAUGCCCAUGGGAAGCACACAUGGAAGACCUGCACACAACAGCACUCUCGUCACUUGUAAUUCCCAGGAACUGGUAUUCAGAGCCAUCAUGGCCAGUAGCCAUUGAUAGUCUUAUCCUCUAUGAAUUUAUCUAACCCUGUCUUAAAGCCAUCCAAGUUGGUGCCCAUCACUAUUUUUUUGUGGGAGCAAAUUCCAUAGUUACAAUCCUCUGUUGGAUACAAACCCCUGGUUCCCACUGAUCAACUUUAGGUAUCACUUAGCCAGAUAUGCCACAUUAUGUACCCAGCUGUUUCUCAUAUCAGCCCAAAUGUUUUGUAUCAUUUUAAUCAUUAAAAAAAAGGACAUCCCUUUAGAAAGUUUAAGAACCAAAGUCCAAUCAGUUCAUGGAUCAGUGAUACUGGAAUAUGUGCAGACAUUUCAUAUGAACUUUCUCCCCUCCAACCUUUUAAUGUCCAAUCCCCAAAUAAAUCAAGAGCAAGAGAGAGAGAGAGAGAGGACUGAAGAAUUAAAAGCCUGACAGAACAGAAACUGCAAAAUUCAUGUCAUCUCCUUAUACGCAUAGUACAACAGUGUGAAAUCUCAGUAUCAUUUUCAGCCCAAUGAAAUCUUCAAACGACAGUGAUUAAAGAUCUUAACAGGAAACAUGAACACUGAAGAAUAUUUCACAAGAAUCGGCUACAAAGGCUCUCUCGAAAAACUGGAUUUUGAAACUUUAACGGCAAUCUUCCAGCACCACAUACGAGCCGUGCCCUUUGAAAACCUCAGCAUCCACUGUGGAGAAACCAUUACAUUAGACUUAGGUCAAGUUUACAACAAAAUUGUGAAGAAAAAGCGAGGAGGGUGGUGCAUGGAGAACAACCAGCUUUUGUCUUGGGUUCUGAAAAACCUGGGAUACAACACCACCAUUCUAGGAGCCUAUGUUUACAAUCCGCAGCAAAAUGUCUAUGCUACUCACAUGACCCAUCUCAUCAUCAAGGUGGUUAUUGACAGGACAGCCUAUAUCGUCGAUGCUGGCUUUGGUGUGUCCUACCAAAUGUGGCAACCAUUGGAGCUGGUGUCCGGCAAACACCAGCCUCAAACGCCUGGGAUCUUUCGCUUCACAGAAGACAACGGUAUUUGGUACUAUGAGAAAAUCAGAAGAAAACAACACAUUCCCAAUCAAAACUUCUCCAGCUCAGAUCUCUUAGAAAAAAAGACACGCAGGAACAUCUAUUCGUUCAGCCUUGAGCCACGGACAGUGGAGGAUUUUCAAUUCCAAUGCUCCUAUCUCCAAACAUCCCCAGAUUCCCCGUUUACCAAGAAAUCUAUCUGCACCCUCCAAACUAAUGAUGGCUUUAGGGCUUUGAUUGGGUGGACACUCUCGGAGACACAAUACAAGUAUGAGGAGGACAUGGAUCUGGUGGAGUUCACAAUGCUAAGUGACGAUGAGGUGGAGAAAACAUUGAGAGAGAAAUUUGGUAUAACUCUGGAGAACAAGCUUGUUCCCAUUGACAUCAAAGGAUUAUAUACCAUCUAGCAUGGAGAAUAAGACUUUGCACAACCCUACACAAUUACAGCAGGCUUUGCCAUUUGCUUAAUCCAUUGUUCAGUAAAUUGCAGAAAGAUUAAAACCUGUGCACAAACUGUAAGCACUCUAUCAUAUGCAGGAAAGGAUAAUUGUAUAUUGUGGUUUUUUUCACUGACAGUCCUGUAGAUGCAAACCAAUGACUGCACAGAAAGUAGUUAAAAUGCCUUGGAUAACAAAUUUCCAAACAAUUGAAGCACUUGGAAAUGGACUAAUCUGCAUUUCAUAUUUUAUUAAAUUACAUGGAUCUGAAUUCAAAGUAGAACCAGUUCUGAUGUGUGCUCAGAAUUCAUCUAUGCACAAGAUAUUCUGUUCAUUUCAACGUAGGAAGCAAAUCCUCACGUCUAAAAGAAUGUUUUUUACACAAAGUAUCUUCCUUUAUUAAUACAAAAUGGAGCAAACCUGUACAGGAUAACAAUAUACCUAUAAACAAUGAGUGGGCUGGUCAAUUCUAAGGAAACUGGGAAUUUUAAUACUAAUAUGAGUUAGCUGCCCACAGGCUAGUUCAUAUUAAAAGCUACAUGACCAAAAAUGUUAGCAAAAGAUUGAAGUCACAAAUUGCCCUCUCUUACCUGUAGAGUUAAACACUGAUGAUCUUUUGUGGAACUCUGCACAGGAACAGUGAAGGGGAUGCUUUAAUUAAAAUACUUCAUAUACUCAUUGCAGAUUUGCAAGGGCACAAGCUUUUGACAAACACGACGUUUAAUAUAGUCAGCAAGCAAUGAAAAUCCUUUGUGAAGCCUUAAUCUGAAAAAAUAUGGAUAUUGAUAUAAUUUUAAUUACAUGAGCCAAUAUUGACAGAGGCUUUUCGUCCCAGUCUUCAUCUAUUUCUGUUCAUGUAUACAUUAGUAACACCUGUGAGAGUUAUACUUAAGUUACCGGCUCUGAUGAAGUACCAUGCCGUUGUUAGGUCCAAACCCAACACGCAAGUCGCCCUGUCAACCCCAACUCGCUUAUUACACCCGGGAAGAGUGCGGAGUUGAAUGCAAAUGAACCCACUAUCAGAGAUCAAGUAACACGAGACAAAAACCUUUGCAAAGGGGACCCAAUACUUACAAGCCGAAGCAGGUCAGCAUGGGAACCUCGUUCAUUGGUGUUCAAGGGUUUAUAUAGGCCUACCCCGAAGUUUACAAUAUCGGGUUCACGUCAUAAAAUACAAAAGAAGCAAUUGCUAACUGUCAUAGCUUUGGGGCAUAUGUAAGGAGGUAAAGGGGUACAGGGGGAAGGACAAAGUGGAAAC